UGACACUGGCGCUUGUCUCUGCCAGCUGAUUCGUCUGCCACUUGCCCAGUGUACGUCAAGUAAAGUGUCUGCAUCUACCGUCCUGUGCUCGAGCGACGACAAUUCAUUUUCAUUCCUUCGCGUGUGUUAUCCUAAAAGCCCCUACAAAUGCCUGCUAUGUUGCCGGAAUCCGACUCGGAGGACGAGCUGCCGCCAGCAUGGGAGGAGCGUGCCACUAGCGAUGGUUUUGUUUACUACGUCAACCAUCAAAGCAAAAGCACCCAGUGGACACACCCACGGACCGGGAAAAUGAAGCGCGUAUCCGGCGAGCUGCCGAUCGGCUGGACGCGCCAAAUCGAGGAGGACACCCGGAAGGUGAUCUUUGUGGAGGAGAAAACGCAGCGCAAAUCGUACACCGAUCCGAGGCUCGCGUUUGCCGUCGAGGAAGCGCCGGAGCGGUUGAGCGAAUUGCGCCAACGGUUCGACGGUGGCACGAACGCGCUGCAGGUGCUGCACGGGCGCGAUCUGAACGGCAAGGUGGCGCUCAUUACCGGGGCCAACACCGGCAUCGGGUACGAGACGGCGCGCUCGCUCGCACUGCACGGGUGCGAGAUUAUCUUUGCCUGUCGCGAUGAGCAGGCGACCCGGGCCGCGAUCGAUAAGCUGCGGGUGGAGAAGGAAGCGGCCGGCCAGCGGUGCAAGUUUGUGCCGCUGGAUUUGGCCAGCCUGCGCUCCACCAAGCAAGCGGCGGAAGAGGUGAAAAAAGGGUACAAGCACAUCGAUAUGCUGAUACUAAACGCAGGCGUCUUCGCCCUGCCCCAUUCCAUCACGGAGGACGGCUUCGAACGCACAUUCCAGGUGAACCAUCUGGCUCACCACUACCUGACGACGCUGCUGUCCGAGCUGUUCGAUCACACGACGCGCAUCGUCGUGGUGUCGUCCGAGUCGCACCGCAUGGCCACACUGCCGGCCGGCGGACUGAGCGAAACCGACCUCUGCCCACCGCAGCACAAGUUCUGGAGCAUGAUCGCGUACAACAACUCCAAGCUGUGCAACGUCCUGUUCGCGAUGGAGCUGGCUAAGGCCAAAGUCGUGGGGUCUUCGGCAGUCUCUCUUUUUAAAAUUCGAUGGCGUGUUGGGGUAAUUUUCGGCCUGCUCGUGUACGUGUACGCUGGAAUUUGAGGUCACCUGCAGGAGGAUGUAUUCAGGCAUUAAGUCAAUGCUGUUUGAAGAGACAAUUCAUUAUUUUUUUUGUUAAAUUGUAUUUCAAAUCAAAUAUGAAACGAUGACAUCAGCCAGUCUCAUUGCAUCGCUUCCUCAUCGUUGUUGCUCUGAUCAACAGAGAAAGCCUUUCCUUGUCGGCGGAAUUGGAAUUGCACUUUCCAUUGGAUCAUCACACCGACACACACACACACGUGCGCAUGAAUUGGAAAGCUGCUGCUGUCUAAAGAAAUGCCGAAGUAAAGCACCACACACAUGCAGCAUUGGCAUGCAAGAAAGCAAAAGAGAGAGGGUGAGUUUGUGAUUUUCUUCCGUGGUCGUUGCGACCGUUAAGAAACGACAAAGAUGUGUACUCCCUCCUCUCUGGACGAGUGUGUGCGAAUGCAAUAGACGAAGAGGAAGCGAUCGUUUAGGAAACGGGGACGUCAGACAACCCCCUAGCCCUAGAGCACGACCUUCAGAGGACGAAUCGAUACGGCAAAGGUAAAGCACGAGACGAUGCAACACGACGAACACGGCGUGUGUCUUGGUGGUGGUGGUUUGAUUUUCUACGAAGAAAAUAGGUGAAAAGGUUUUUUGGCCCUUUCUCGCAGCAGUCUCUCGGUUGCUCGGAAUGUCUUUGUUGUAAAUGCAGAAUGCAUUUACCGUCUAGAAAGGGGAUGCAUUUGCUCGGUUCGAACAAGAACGGGCACAUAAAGGAGGACAAUUAUCGAGAGACAGACAGAGAGAGAGGGAGAGAGAGAGAGAUGUUCUUGUUUUUCGCCCUAGAAAAGGUCGUCCCCCGCUAGUUCGCUCGUGGCCCCUCCAAGACACAGUGUGUGUGUGUGCCCAGGGUCCUUUCCUCCAAUGGGCGAUGUUUACGGAUGCAAAGCUGCCACACUAAACACACACACACACAGCCUCACAACAUUCGUAUCAUUUGUGGCUCGUGUGCGCUGGGGCGGUGGUGGUGUCUAUCACAGACAUUCCCGUUAUCAAUUGAAUGUCUUCCCGCGAACGUGUGUGUUGUGAAAACUAGCUGCCCGAAGCAAAAAGGCAGGCACAGACAUCCCGUUUGCUUUUUUUCCGGAAGCUUCAUCAAAACCCGACGACAAAAAUCAACAAAGCAAAUGAAUGGCGAAUUCAGGAAUUAUAAGACCCGCCCAGAGACAAUGCCCGUUCAAUUACACACGAUGGUGAAACUCGGGCUGGUGUGGGGCGCGCGACAAGCACAAACAAUGGCGGGGGCCAAUUUGCUCCUUUUGUUAGAGAGGGGCAUCCUUUGCUAGGAUGCUUUUUCCCUCGAAAACGGGUGGACAAUACUCGAACACACGGAGCAGGAAGAGGAGAGACACAAAAAUCCGCUACGUUGGCAUGUUUCAUUCAUGAUUCCGUCCAUGGCGCUCUCUCUCUCUCUCUCACAUACACGAAACAAAAAGACUCUCUUGCUUAACCCAAAACCCCGCUUCUCCGUUCUCAACACCACCCCUCGCCCGCGCGGUCAUGAGGUGCACACACACAUACGCACACACCCACGUGCAGACACAAUGCUCUUAUGCAAUUUCUAUGCGCUUCCCCAAAAAAGGCGAACUACACAUCGCCGCCAGCAUCGUGCACACGGAGGGGAGACAACGACACGUGCACGGUUUUGUGGGUAGCUCCCCCCGCGCCCGUCCCCUCUGUUACGUGCACCAACUCGCUUGCGGUAAAUGACGCAUCAACUUUCAUAGAAGUAGAAGCAGGCUACGAUAUUUCGUCUUAAGUUUUGGGUCAUAAUUGCACUUGCAAAAGUAGUGCAAUGUCAUCGAAGGCAAUCAAAAAUGGGGAGCGCUGUGCAGUCUUAUGACACACGACGGAUGCAUCACACACACACACACACACACACACACGCACACAAGCACCGAAUCCCAUGCGGGAAUGGAUGAUAUCGCUGCACUGCAUGUUUGAGUGUGUGCGGAUUCGCGGAAACGUUGUGUGCUUCUGUGCGUUUCAGUGUGUACGUGUGUUGUUGCGUUUGCGAAUUUUGGUGCGAUUUUUCGUCUGUGUCACCACGUCGUCUCUCACAAGGUGGUGAAUGCCUUCUUGUCGCUGUGUGUGUGAUGUUUUUUUUUUUGCUGUGCGUCUGCUAGAGCCCGCAGAGUUUCGCACCGAAACCCGUCGUGAAUGACCUAGAACGGAGCAAAAAUUCCAUAGCACAUGUGAGCAAGACGGCAGAUACAGCCAUACGCGCGCACACACAUAGACACACACACACACACGCAGAACGCCUCCCGUACGGACACAUCAAAGCAACCCCCAUUGGGUGUAAAGGGCACGCGGGAUUUCUGUUAACACGCGCGCUCACUGUUCGGUUCGACUUCGUAUCGUGUCGAAAUCCUGCAGUAGGCAUUGUACAAUGGGAAACGAAUCACGCACACGCACACACAGAAACACACACAAACAAUUGUGACACGUAGCACACACGCAGAGGCAAAGCAAGCCCGUGCACACACUGGCCGGACGACGGGAAUCGCCGUUUGUAAUCCUUGGGCUCCCGUUUGUGUUAGAGAGAGAGUGUGUGUGUUUUUGGGACCUUUCCCGUGCGGGUUUCGCGAUCCGCCGUGACUGUAAAUUACACACACACACACACACGCACGAAAAACG